AUGUCUCUCACCAACGCAACGCCAGAGGCUGCCGCCAAGGAGGCAAAGACGGCGUCGUUUGCACUGGCUUCGCUGCCGGCCUCGGCGCGCAAUGCCGCCCUCGAUGCCAUCCACGCCGCCCUCUCCGCCGCCAGGGACGACAUCCUCGCCGCCAACGCCCGCGACCUAGAGCUCGCGAAAAAGGCCGCCGCCGACGGCUCCCUCAGCGAGGCUCUCGUCUCCAGACUCGACCUCGGCAAAAAGGGCAAGUGGGACGAUAUGUUGAAGGGCAUCUUGGAUGUGAGGGAUUUGGAAGACCCAGUUGGAAACAUUCAAUUGCGGACCAAGCUCGACGACGACUUCAUCCUCGAGAGGGUCUCCUGUCCCAUUGGCGUCAUCCUCAUCAUCUUUGAGGCGCGCCCCGAGGUCAUUGCCAAUAUCGCCAGUCUGGCUGUCAAGUCUGGAAACGCUGCCAUUCUCAAAGGCGGCAAGGAGUCCACCAAGUCCUUCGUCGCCAUCUCCAAGGUCAUUUCGUCGGCCCUCGCAAAGACAGACGUCCCCAACGGAGCCAUCCAGCUCGUCACCACCCGCGACGCAAUCGCCCAGCUCCUCGCCCAGGACCGCUACAUCGACCUCGUCAUCCCCCGCGGCUCCAACGAGCUCGUCCGCUACAUCAAGGAGUCGACCAAGAUCCCCGUGCUCGGCCACGCAGACGGCAUCUGCGCCAUCUACCUGACCGCCACCGCCGACCCGGAAAAAGCCAUCACCGCCGUCGUCGACGCCAAGACGAGCUAUCCCGCCGGGUGCAACAGCCUCGAGACCCUGCUCGUCCAGGACACCGCCCUCAGCACCUCGUUCCCCGCCGUGGCCGCCGCCCUCGCGGCCAAGGGCGUGUCGCUACGCUGCGACCCGGCCAGCAAGGCGGCCCUGGCGUCCCUCGCCGGCGUCGACGUCAGGGACGCUACCGCCGCCGACUUUGACACCGAGUUCCUGGGUCUAACCCUCGCCGUCAAGACGGUGGACGGCGUCGCCCAGGCCAUUGAGCACAUCAACACCCACGGCUCGCAUCAUACCGACUCCAUCCUCACGGCGGACGCUGCCGAGGCCGAGCGCUUCAUGAACCAGGUUGACUCGGCCGGCGUGUACUGGAACGCCUCGACGCGCGUGGCAGACGGCAUGCGCUACGGCUUCGGCACCGAGGUCGGCAUCAGCACCAACAAGAUCCACGCCCGUGGCCCCGUCGGCCUCGAGGGCCUGACCAUCUACAAGUACAAGAUUAGGGGGGACUACCAGGCCACCGCUGCCUAUGGCGACGGAGAGGGCAAGCGGCCGUGGAAACACGAGAAGCUGCCCAUUGCCUAG